UGUCACGAGCCGAGUGCUGACGUUUCGUAAAAGUUUGAGGUGUUUUCUUCAGGGCUCCAAGAGAAGAUUUUACCUGAAAUUUGUGAAUAAAAUACAUGUUUUAUUAGUUAAACUUGUUCUCCAAGCAACGCAACGUUGACCGAAAGUGUGGAAACAGACGCAAAACCGUUUUGAUCCGCAUCAUUUUUUACGCUCUAGGCGAAAGGAAAAAAAAAAAGUGCAACAAAGUUGAGGGGAAAAGUGUGAAAAUCGGAAAACCUCAAUCCAGGAUGGCCGGCCACAAGAUGAACGACGAGCGGCCCCGGACGGCGGACGUCGAGUUCGAUUUGUCGCUCCAGUUCUCGAAGAUGUUCCUCUCGGAACCGGUGCUACGAGGAUUGACGCGAAACAACUUCACCCACCCUUCCCCCAUCCAGGCACGUGCCAUCCCACUAGCUAAGCUGGGACUAGAUUUACUGGUACAAGCAAAAUCCGGAACGGGCAAAACACUGGUAUUCACUGUGUUGAUAACGGAGAACCACAAUCCGGACGUCAUGUUCCCACAAUCGCUGACGGUUGUGCCAACUCGGGAAAUUGCAGUGCAAAUCGAGGACGUCCUGAACCGGAUCGGGUAUUCGGUUCCGAAUUUCCGCGCCAAAAGUUUCAUCGGCGGGUUGGACAUCAGUCAGGACCGGAAGAACUUGCAGAGCUGUUCGGCCGUGGUCGGAACUCCCGGGAGGAUCAACCAUCUGAUCAAGAGCAACGUGUUGAACACAAGUCAGAUCAAGAUCUUGGUACUGGAUGAAGCAGAUUCGUUGAUAACCGGAUCACUCAAACCGGAAGUUGACCAGAUUGUUAAAAUGUUGCCCACUAAGAGGCAAACGGUGGUCUGCAGUGCAACGUAUUACAACAACAGGGACCGCGAAUUGCUGAAAUACCUGAACGAUAAAUUCAUUGGAGUUACGCCGAAGAAGGAAGUUCCGGUUCUGCAUGGCAUUCGACAAUUUGUUCAGGAACUUCCGGAAGCGAAGGACAACAUUAAAGAAAUGAUGGCAAAAAUCGCCGAGCUGAAUCGCAUACUGAAGAAGGUUCCGUAUGGCCAAUGUCUGGUAUUUGCAAACACCCAAACCAAGGCGGACACUUACUGCAGCUAUUUGGGGCGGGCUGGAUGGCCAACCGAGGUCAUCCGUGGAGGACAAGAGCAGCGCGUUCGAUUGAAGACCGUUGAGAACUUGAAGGAAUUCCGUUGCCGGGUGCUAACCGCUACCGAUGUCAUUUCGCGCGGAAUCGAUGCCGAAAAUGUGAAUCUGGUAAUCAACGUAGAUGUUCCGAGGGAUAACUCGGUCUAUCUGCAUCGCAUUGGGCGAGCAGGUCGCUUUGGCACUCAAGCCAUCGCAAUUACCCUGGUUUCGUCGAGUAAAGAGAUGGACCGCUUUCGCAAAAUCCUUCAAGAUAUCGGAGGUAACGAUAUGUUUGUGUAUCGCCUUCCUGCGGAAAAAAUGGAAGAAAUCUGGAAUUUUGACGAAUAUGGUGAAAAAUACGCCAAACUGUACGCAUCUAAGCUGGAACAGGAAAUUCGCGAUCAGGACGCGGAUCGAUCGUUUUUGGAAACCAUCGAAGAAGUCGAUUCCAAAACGGAGCUGGAGGUCAAAUCGAACGAAACCGUAUUGAACGACAGUCUGGAAGAUCAGGUGAAGAAAGUGAACUCCGCUGUUGAGAUGGAUUCCAUUGAGGAUUUGUCCAAAAAUUCGAAGAAGCAGUUUGAAGCCACAGACGAUGAAGGGCAAGAGGAAGUAGUGGAGAGGAUUAUUCCGCUUAGCCUUCCGGAAGACGACUCCGGAAACAACGCUGCUCAAAGUGGCGAGACCAAAGAUGUCGACGAUGUGUUCCUCGCUGCCAUCGGAAAGGUUGAUGCUGAAGAGGUACAGAGCGGUAAUCAAUUAGAGCUGGCCUCUGAGAACAAGCUUCAAUUUGAAGAUAACGAAAUACAGAAAGUAAUCGAAUCCUCGGGAAACGACGAGUCGAGUGCAAAUGCAGAUGACAUGAUUCUGGCCGCUAUGAAGAAGCUGGAACUGGAAGACUCGGUCACGCUAUCCAGCGAAUCGCAAAUCUCGGACGACAGUAUUAUAUCCAAGGUAGAUCAGAAGUUCCUGGAUGCUAUGAAGCAAGUGGAGCUCGAAAAGGAUGUGGAAAAUGGAAACGUCCCAGAAGAAUCACCAAAUACCAACGAAAAUAUAGAACCACCAAUUGAUAAAAUGUUCCUGGAAGCGAUGCAGAAGUUGGACGUUGAAGACCAAGCAGAUCAACAGCCCCUCUCUAACGGAGAAAACGUUGACGAACUCUUUCUCGCGGCCAUGGAGAAAGUCGAACGUGAUCCGCCAGAAUCCUCGGAAACGUCCGACAAACAGUCAUCCUCUGAAACAUCUGAACUCAGCUGUUCCACGCCCGAAUCUUGCUACACCAGUGACAGUUCCUUCAGCUCCAACGCCACCAAAAAGGUGGAAGUUGGAUCAAACUUCACAACACCAAACUCCCGGGUUCAGGGAAUUCGAGGCGCCAUGCCCGAUCAUCAGGUCAGCUCCUCCAGUUCCAAUAAUUCGUCGGAAAUCGAUCACAACUCUGACCCCGAAAUUCCUACCCAACAGAACAGCCUCAAUCUAGAGGUGAACAACGAUGCCCUGUUUGCCAAAAUCAUGGAACAGAAAGAGCUUGAAGCCGGACAACUGCAGCGCCCGUUCCAGUUCUCCAUUGACGGGUGCAGCUUGGAGGUGCACGAUGACCCGGUCAGCGAUAGGGACAUCAAUUCGCGCAAAGGAUCCGUUCCCGAUGUGGUACCGAGCGGAAUCACCCUAGAUCCAUCACGACUGCAGCAUCAACCAUCGGUCGAGGAGGAAGAAGAGGAAGCGGCCACAUUCGAUCUUAACUCCAACACGUGCGGUUCCAACCAUGGAUCCGUGUUUGAACCGGAAGAAGCCGUUAUUCCUCAAGAUAAUCGUCCGAAGCGAAUCCGUUUCCAGCAGCAAGACGACAACUCUCUAGAACUGCACUCAAACUCCGUCGGCGUUAUUCCGGGUGGGGCCAGUCAACAAGGUGACCAACCGGAAGUUGACCCCUUGGCACUUCCCCAAAUCCCAGAUACCGUAUCCGCCACGGAGGAAGCCGAUGAUGCCAGCUCCUAUUCCUCCCAGUACGACAGUGAAUCGUCAAACCCAUCCUUCUUUGACCAGCAGGUCUGGGAGUCGGAAACCCAAAAUGUUCCCGAUGAGGCACAGCCGGAAGAUCAACAACAACAGCAACAGGAGAACAACGCAGACCCAGCCCGGAAGAGGAAAGUUUCGAAAAGAUCGAAGAAUGCCACCAAUCGGUACCAUCGGUCGCAUUCCAGCUGGACCACCCAGUACUGGAACCAGAUGACGAUGAUUCGCGAUUACGUGCGGUUUGCGGCCUACGCCCGCCACAACGCCUUUGGCAAUUGAAACCGUUUUGCAUUUGUUCUGACUACCAUUUUACGAACCGUAACACGUAGCCAAGUGGUUUUUGAUCUUCUUCGAAAUGUGAUGUUAUUACUCUACUUAUUAUUAUCGAUUUAGUUUUCAGUUGCUCCUGGAUUAUUAUUUUUUUGUUGGCCAUGAAGGCUCUUGUGAAUUAGAGAGAAAGAGACAGGUACAUUUAAAUAAAAGUUAAUAUUAUAGUAUCCUA